GUUGUAAGUGACGCUCCGUGCAUGUAGUCCAUUGUUAAGUCCUUCGUGUUUUCUGUGGCAUUUGUAUGUUAACUAACUUAAAACUAAAGGACUACGCGGUUGUACUUUCUCUCUCUCUCUCUCUCUCUCUCUCUGGUCUGCUAGUAUGAAAUGUUGUGUACGUUUGUUUUAGACCUUUAUGUUGAAAAUCAAACGACGGAAACUGUCUUUGUGGUGUAGGUUGCGGAGACUUGACAGGAGUGGCAGCAGCAGCAGCAGCAGCAGCGUGCUGUCCUGGCGGCGCGACAGUAAACAGCCCGAGUGUGUGGAGCGACAUUCUCUGUAGGACAAAUAUAGGAACGAGUUGAGGUCGAUCUGCGUGCGAACUUCCAGCUGGUGCGAGCGAAGUCUUUCGCGUCGUCUGCCGUUUUCUUUUCGUUUCGUUUUCCGUGUGUGUUUCUCUUUCUUCUGCUUUUGUUUAAACAUGGAUCACCAUCGCUGUCAACACACGCGAGAUUCAGCUACAAAAUAAGUUUGCUGCUUCCGAAAAGUUUGUGCGUAAACACCGGGACAGCUUCAGUGCGCGUGCAGACGCAGGACAGUCCGGUAAACGGAAGCACGGCGGCGGGAACUGUCGCCUCUUUGUCCUCCGUCCGUCACCUGCUGGGUUUCUCAAGGAAGAGAACAUGGACGUGGAGCUGGGUGGAUUCCUCAGCCAGAACUCCACGUACGAUUAUGACGACGACUACGAGUAUGAAGAGGAGCGUGAGUGGCGCGGCGGUGAGGCGGUGCUGGUCCCGCUCCUGUACGCCGCGGGGUUGAUCGCGGGUCUGUUGGGGAACGUGCUGCUGCUGGUUGUUCUGACACUGAAGAGGCGACGGUGGCGCGCGGCCGACACCUUCAUCCUCCACCUGAGUGCGGCAGACAUCCUGCUGCUGGCGACGCUGCCCCUCUGGGCCACACAGGCCGCCCGGCCGCACGGAUGGUGCUUCGGGAAUGUUCUCUGCAAGAUCAGUGGAGCUGUUUUUCAUAUGAACUUCUACUGUGGGAUCUUUCUGCUGGCUGGCGUCAGUGUGGACCGCUGCCUGUCCGUCGUCCACUCUACGCAGCUGCACUUGCUCAAGAGACCUCUGUCGGUUCAUGCGAGCUGCGUGUGUGUGUGGUGCGUCUCCCUGCUCCUCACCAUCCCCGACUGGGUUUUUCUAAUUGCUGAAACGGGUGCUUCACGGGAGAAAACACUGUGUGAUUACAACUACUCUGGGUCGGGGACAGACUGGCAGCUGUUGUCGCGUUUGUGUCACCUGUCGCUGGGCUUCCUGCUGCCUGUGACCGCCCUGACCGCCUGCUGCUCUCGUAUCCUGCUGCGGCUGCAGCGGAGAUCAGAAGGUCUCCUGAAGCAGAGCGCCGUGGCGGUCAUCGUGCCUCUGGUGGCGGUCUUCCUCCUCUGCUGGAUGCCCUACAACAUCACGCUCAUCGUAGACACGUUCAGCUACACGUGGAAAGAGCCUCACGGUGCAGAGACUGAGAUCAGCUCCCUGAAGAGAGCCCUGAUGGUCACAUCCGGUCUGGGCUGCGUCCACGCCUGCGUCAGGCCUCUGCUCUACCUCGGCCUGUGUGGAAACUUCAGGAAGCAAACACUGGCCCUGCUGAGGUGUGCUCCAGUUGAAUUCAGGGGUUCGCUGUGGGAUUUGGGUGUGGCUGAGGAAGUCCUGCCUGAGCAGAGUCAUGAGCAGGAGAAGCUGAAGCCCAUGAGGAGCGUGGAGUGUCCACUCAGUGCUGAUCAACACACCCAAAAAAGUCCUGCUGAGAUCUGACCGAUGUCCCACGCCUGCAGGAGCUCCGUGUGACAUGAGUCAUUAUGACGAAUAGGUACUGUAUAUAUUCACAUUGCACUUUGUUAGGGCUGCAACUAACGUCCGUUUAAGUUUUAUGCUUCCAAAAAAUGGAGAAAAAUAUUGAUCAGUGUUUCCAUCGUCUUCAUGUUAUUCAACAACAUCCUACAUUUACACUUAAAAAGCUAAAAAAUAAGAAAGAAAAUGUGUUUUAAUCAAAGAUGAAAAAACCCUCAAACCCAUCGACUGAGAGGAAAAACCCUCGAUGGAGGACUUGCUGUGCUUUCUUGGGAAAGUCUCAUGUUUAUUUUAAGUCUGUCAUUUGUUUCUUAUUCAGAUGUAGAAAUAUAUAUUUUUUUAUGGUGUGUAAUUAUGUUUAUGAAACAGAUGCUUUUAUAUUGUGUCAGUGAAACAAUCAUCACAAAGCUAACGCCACAGUUAUUCAAAUUCUAAGGAAUAUAAGCUCUUAUCUCUAGUAUUAUUGUUCCUGUGUCCUUGCAUCAAACCACGCGGCACUCAGUCAUCAAGUCAUCAAGUGUUUGUCUCACAUGUUCUCUGCCGCACAGAAGAAUGUGUGGAUUCCACAAUUGCAACACGAGCGCGUGGAUUCCACAGCUCGGGGAACUUCCCUCAGCGAAUCCCACGGCCUUUUCAACCUCAACUUGACUUUAUUUCUAAUAGUCUGUGAAAGGCAGGAAAUCACUUACAAGGAAAUACACAAGUGGACAAAAGAGACCAAAUAAACAGCAGCAAAUACUGCGAAUAAAACGCUAAAUACAUGAAAUAAUAAGUAAGAGAGGUCGUUUGUUAAGUAUAAAGUAUAAAGGAGUUAGUCUGUGUGAAUUCACAAGAGAUGAAUGUGAGACAGUUCCACACCUCAGCCUGAAACUCACUGUUGUAACAGUGAUGUCAUCAGUCAGGUGACAGAGGGAAGACAGGAGGAGGGAGAAAGACAAAGAAAGCUGCAGUGUUUACUCUCGUUCACAGGGAGCGAGAGAACAGUGGCGUGCUCUGUGUCUGUGAACGCAGUCAAGUGUCAAUAAAGGGAAAAAAACCCCUGAGAUAAUCGUCAUGUGGACUUCACAAAUACUGUGAAAUAAAGUGAGCUUUACACUU